CAUUUUGAAUCCAGUCGUAAUAUAAUGUUCAACAGAAGCUAAAAUCCUCGAUCAAGUCUCUUUUUAUUUUUCAUAUCGUUUUCAUUUAGUAAUAUCUAUUCAAUAUGAGUGACAAUGAAGAGCGAGGCACUGAAAAUCAAGAGAUCGAGCCCGCUAUUUGGGCAGUAGCGCCAAGACUUCAUCAAGAACAGGGACCAGUUGAUGUGUCUGCUAGUCCUGCUUUUCAAUGUCUAGAUGAGCUGUUUUUCGAGGGCAAAAUUGCAGGUGAAAAAGUAGCGAAACUGAAAGCCAAGUACACUAGUCUACAUGAAAGGCUCAAAUCAACAAGGGAGCAAGAAACAGCCUUCCUACAUCAAGCUAAAGAGAUGCACCAAGAAGUGCAACGACAACGGGCUGAGUUGGAGAAGGGGGACAACUUUCCUGACGGAGAUAACACAGAAGUAAACAAACUAAGACAAGAACUUCUGAAGUACCACAAUGAACUUGCACAGGCUGAUGAAAGACAAUAUCAGCUAGAAUUUAAACUAGAAGGACUAAAAGAAGAAAAGAUGAUGUUAGAAAGAGAGUAUUCUCGUAUGCCAAAACCAGGGGAAAUUGAGAAACAGCAAAAGGAGUUACAGAAAUCCAUAGAUGAGUUAAAGAAAGAAAUUGCUCAAAGGACAGUGGAAACCAAAGGAUUGAAAGAAGAGUUAGAAAAUAGGGAUGUGAAAAUAAGUGGUAUUAAAAAAGAGAUUGAUGAAGACUUGGAGAACCAACAGAGUCUGAGGGAUAAGCUUGUUCAAGUCCAUUCACAACCUGCACAUAUUGCUAAACAGACAGACCUUAUUUCAAGACAAUUCAAGGAUGCGGAGGAAAAAAGAAGCAAACUUGAUGGAGAACUUGAAGAAGUAGUAAAGGAGUUGCAGAGAAUAGAAGGCCGAAGGACAUACUUGGAGGAUGAAAAAGUUGAGCUCUCAGAAGCAUUAGACAAACAAAGACACAGCUAUGAAGGAAAGGAGAGAGAGGUUGACUUAAUAAUGAAAGAAUAUGAACUAGCCAAGGAGAGACAGUCAGAGUUCAUAGGUGAUCGAGGCACAUUGGACUUAAAUCUCAAGCAUGCAGCUAUAGAGAAAAAGGUUCAACAUGAUCUUCAUGCAAGGAAACUAAGAGAAAAGGAAAGAGAUCUCAAAUCCCUAAAGAAAAGUGAGUUACAACUUAAAGUUGCUGAAGAAUCCCUUUCCCAUGUGAAGUCUGUCUAUGACAAGGUCAAAGGUCAAGUGGAUAGUCGUCCAAGGGAUGAUGGUACUCUUACGGAAAAAAGAAAAGAACUGCAACGUGAAGUCAUUGCUACUAAAAGAACUCUUGCUCAACAGAAUGCAUUGACAGCCAGGGAGAGAGUAAGAGUGGAACACAUGAUCAAUGAAGAAGAAAGAUUGCUCAUGGAACAGAGUGAACUGCGAGUGGAUGUUAUUGACCUCACACGACUUGCACAAAUCAAGGCUGAUGAAAGAGAACAGAAAGCCAGGGAUUACAUGAGAGCUGAGUUGAGGUAUCAGCGAGCAUUGGAAGACCUGAAGACAAAGAACCUGAAUAUCCAAGACAGUGCAAAGAAGUAUGCAGAGAUGCAACACAAGUUGUCAGAUUUUGCCAAGCUCUACGACGUCAUCAAGAAUGAGAGAAACAAGUGCGUGAACCUGAUUCAAACCAGCACUCAAAAAGCUGCAGAAAUGCGAGAGAAGAUUAAAAUCCUACAAAAUGAAAUAGAGAUUCUACGAUCGAAAGUCAACGCAAAAGACAGACUUUUGCAGAAAGCUCGUCUCAAGAGAAAUAACGCUGUUGUCAUACGAGAUAGUUUACGAAAUGAGGAGAGCAAGCAGUCGAGAGUGGACGAAGAUAACAGAGAUAAACGUGAACAACUUCGUCUUGAUAUCGCCAAGCUUAACGAACUUAUCAACAAAGCUGAGGAGAAUAUGGUUCAGUUACGUAAACGAUAUGAGGGAAGCGUCCAAGAACGAAACGACAUGGGAAUUAAGCUCAUAGAACGAAACGAAGAAGUUUGUGUUUUCUACGAAACAUUAAACAUUCAAGAAACGAUGAUUCGUAAUGGAGACGUCGAGCUGAAAGCACGUGAGGAAGAAAUACGUUUCCUUAAAAUGGAGUUGAAUGAGAUACGGCGUGGGAUAGGACUAGUAAAUAAGAACAUGCCAAACAAGAGAGCGCUGGACGAUGAACUAGCGACCCUACAGAUACAGCUUGCAGCGUGCAGAGACAGGCUUAUCGACUUAGAGAAAGAUCUAGAAGAUCCCACCAACGAAGAACGCGUUCGCCUUCUGGGUGGGGCAGACCCGGAACCGGAAGUCCUGGCCAAAAAGAUCGAAGAAUUAGAAUUGAGGUUGGCCGAGAAGGAAGAAAAACUACUCGAAAAAGACUUGAUAAAUGAAGAAGUCAGUCGGCUUGCUGAAAGAACAAAGGCCAAGGCUGAAAGUGGUAAAGAUGACACGCUUGAACUUGCUAAGAAGGUGAACGAAUAUCAAGCGAAGAUCAAAGAUACAACAAGAAAGAUGAUGGCUAUGGUAUCAGAACUGUCUAUGAACCAAGCUAAUGCUAUGAAGCUACAGCAGACGGUCAAACAUCAAGAACAACUGCUGGAGCAGGCGUACAUUAGAAUGGAGAGAGGCGAAGCACCUACUGAUGAUGCAGAAAAGGAGUGGCAGAGGAUGAUGCGUGAAGAACUGCGUAGACAGAUGGAUAUGCAAGAUACGAAAAUGCGCGAAGAAGAAGAGGAACACUAUCAAUUACCCGGUGGAGUAUACACCACAGCCGAGCCUCGACCCAAUGCCUAUAUACCAGACGAUGACUCCGACUUACCCAUCCCCAGGCCAUACGGGUCGCUUGCGCCUUUCAAGCCGUCGGAGCCUGGAUCUACUAUGCGACAUAUUCGGAAGCCUGUUAUUAAACCUAUUGAAAUAUAAGAUUAAAUACAAAGUAUUAAAAUUACAGCUGAGUGGGUUAGAAUGUUGGAGAAAAUAUAGAAAUAUUGUUGUAAAUACUUGUCGAAGGUUUUCAAACCAGGACUUAUUAAUAAAAAAAAUACAAAAA